UUUGUGAUCCUUGUCCCAGGGCGGAGCUCAGGGCUCAGGAGCACGAGGGCUCUUUGUCGCCCGUGUCCCAGAGGUGGCGGGCAGCGGCCGGGGGCAGCUGGAGCCCGGCUGUGCUGCAGUGUGGGCUGCUGCAGGGUGCUGAGCAGGCAGGGCCCCAGCCAAGGGAGCUGCCUUGGCUCGGGCCUUGGCUCGGCUGUGGCCGGUGGCCCUGAGGGCCAGCGGGUGGCCCAGGGCAGGCGCUGCCUGGGGCUGCAGCCCCAGGUGGCAGCGGGCUAAUUGCAGGCGCUGAUGGUGCAGCUUGGGGCCGGGCAGGAAAGGCAGGAGUCAGCAGAAGAGCCCCGCGGCAGCAGGGCCGAGCCCGCCUUGGCCCCGCAGGCGCGGCCCCAGCGUGGGCAGCCCCUGCCCCGCCUCUGCGGCCGCCCAUAAAAGCGCUGGCCCGGGCCAGGGCUGCAUCCACCGCUGCGGCCUCGCUCUGCUCAGCCCAAGGGCAGCCUCAUCUCCUCUCUCACGCCAACAUGUCCUGCUACGACCUGUGCCCUCCUCGCAGCAGCGCGGACCUGUGUCCCCCCCGCAGCAGCGUGGCCGUGCCCCAGCCCAUCGCUGAGAGCUGCAACGAGCUGUGCGCCCGCCAGUGCCCCGACUCGUCGGCCUUGAUCCAGCCGCCGCCCGUGGUGGUCACCUUCCCCGGCCCCAUCCUCAGCUCCUUCCCCCAGCAAGCCGUGGUGGGCUCCUCCGGAGCCCCGGCCUUUGGCGGCUCCCUGGGGCUGGGCGGCCUCUACGGCGCCGGCGCCACCCAGGCCUCGGGGGGCCUGUGCACCUUUGGCAGAGCCUACGCUGCUCCCGCCUGCAGCCCUUGCGCCUUGCCCCGCUACAGCAAGAAGCUCUGGGACACCUGCGGGCCCUGCUAGAGCCGCCAGAGCCCAGCCCGAGCAGCCGCGCCCGCCUCAGCCCAGCCCGCACAAGCUGAGCUCGCCACAAGCUGCCCCGGCCUCCUGCAGCCCGUGACACCCGGCCUGCCUGGGGCCUGCCCAGCGCCCCUCUGCCAGCCCCUCCCGCCCUGCUCCCCACAAUAAACU